CCCGCCUGGCCCCCCAGGCCGGGAGCCUCGCCCCCGUCCCCCGGAAAGCUGGAUUUCCGAGGCUGGAGGCGCCUGGCCGGCUGGGUGGGGACCACCAUGGGCAACGCGGCCGGCAGCGCGGAGCAGCCUGCGAGCCCCGCCGCACUGUCCCCCAAGCAGCCCGCGCCGCCCAAGCAGCCGAUGCCCGCGGUCGGAGAGCUGGAGGAGAGGUUUAACCGGGUCCUGAACUGCAUGAACUUGCCCCCCGACAAGGUCCAGCUGCUGAGGCAGUAUGACAACGAGAAGAAGUGGGAGCUCAUCUGUGACCAGGAGCGGUUUCAAGUCAAGAACCCCCCCGCAGCCUACAUCCAGAAGCUGAGGAGCUACCUGGAAACCGGUGGGGUUGGCCGAAAGGUAGCGGCUGAUUGGAUGUCCAACCUGGGGUUUAAGAGGCGAGUUCAGGAGUCCACGCAGGUGCUGCGGGAGCUGGAGAUCUCCCUGAGAACAAACCACAUUGGGUGGGUGCAGGAGUUCCUCAACGAGGAGAACCGCGGCCUGGAUGUGCUCCUUGAGUACCUGGCCUUUGCCCAGUGCUCUGUCACGUAUGACAUGGAGAGCACAGACAAUGGGGCCCCCAGCCCGGAGAAGAGCAAGCUGCUGGAGCAGUCGGUGGAAGAUCUCAACAAGAGUCCACCCUCAUCUUUGCCAUCACAGCCCAAGAGUCGCCACCUGACCAUCAAGCUGACCCCAGUCCACAGCAGGAAGACCCUGCGGAACUCCCGCAUUGUCAGCCAGAAGGACGACGUCCACGUCUGCAUCAUGUGCCUGCGCGCCAUCAUGAACUACCAGUCUGGCUUCAGCCUCGUCAUGAACCACCCAGCCUGUGUCAAUGAGAUUGCUCUGAGCCUCAACAACAAGAACCCCAGAACCAAGGCUCUGGUGCUGGAGCUGCUAGCGGCUGUGUGCCUGGUGCGGGGAGGGCACGACAUCAUCCUUGCAGCCUUUGACAACUUCAAGGAGGUGUGUGGGGAGCAGCACCGCUUUGAAAAGCUGAUGGAAUAUUUCCGGAACGAGGACAGCAAUAUCGACUUCAUGGUGGCCUGCAUGCAGUUCAUCAACAUCGUGGUCCACUCAGUGGAGAACAUGAACUUCCGUGUCUUCCUGCAAUACGAGUUCACCCACCUGGGCCUGGACCUGUACUUGGAGAGGCUUCGGUUCACGGAGAGUGACAAGCUGCAGGUGCAGAUCCAGGCAUACCUGGACAACGUGUUUGAUGUGGGCACGCUGCUGGAGGAAACUGAGACCAAGCAUGCUGUGCUGGAGCACAUGGACGAGCUGCAGGAGCAGGUGACCCUGCUGACAGAGCGGCUUCGGGACGCGGAGAACGAAUCGAUGGCCAAGAUCGCAGAGCUGGAAAAGCAACUAAGCCAGGCCCGAAAGGAGUUGGAGACCCUGCGGGACCGCUUCAACGAGUCGACCCCCCUGAGCGCGUCCAGGCAUCCCCCGGAGCCUGAGAAAGUGCCUGCCCACGUCCCGGCGCGGCCUUCGGCCCUGGAGCUGAAGGUGGAGGAGCUGCAGGAGAAGGGGUUAAUCCGUAUCCUGCGGGGGCCCGGGGAUGCUGUCUCCAUCGAGAUCCUCCCGGUCGCUGUGGCAACUCCGAACGGCAGUGAUGCCCCGAUUCCAACGGUGCCCGCUGGCUCCCCCAGCCCAGAUCUUCCACCUGCAGCAGAGCCGGUUCCCGGAGCAGCACCGCCCCCGCCGCCGCCCCCCCCACCCCCGCCGCCACUGCCACCUCCUGGUACAGAUGGGCCUUUGCCUCCACCGCCCCCGCCUCUGGGAGGUCCCUCUGAUGCCCUUGGAGCGUCUAGCCCAGAGAUGGGCCCAGGAGUGAAGGCCAAAAAGCCCAUCCAGACCAAGUUCAGAAUGCCGCUCUUAAACUGGGUGGCCCUGAAACCCAGCCAGAUUACAGGCACUGUCUUCACGGAGCUCAAUGACGAGAAGGUGCUGCAGGAGCUGGACAUGAGUGACUUUGAAGAGCAGUUCAAGACAAAGUCCCAAGGUCCCAGCCUGGACCUCAGUGCUCUCAAGGGUAAGGCAGCCCAGAAGGCCCCCAGCAAGGCCACGCUCAUCGAGGCUAACCGGGCGAAGAACCUGGCCAUCACCCUGCGGAAGGGCAACAUGGGGGCCGACAGCAUCUGCCAGGCCAUCGAGACGUAUGACCUACAGGCCCUUGGCCUGGACUUCCUGGAGCUGCUGACCCGCUUCUUGCCCACGGAGUAUGAGCGCAGCCUCAUCGCCCGCUUCGAGCGGGAGCAGCGGCCGAUGGAGGAGCUGUCGGAGGAGGACCGCUUCAUGCUGCGCUUCAGCCGCAUCCCGCGCCUGCCUGAGCGCAUGGCCACGCUCACCUUCCUGGGCAACUUCCCGGAUACUGCCCAGCUGCUCAUGCCGCAACUGAAUGCCAUCAUUGCAGCCUCAAUGUCCAUCAAGUCCUCUGACAAACUCCGCCAGAUCCUGGAGAUUGUCCUGGCUUUCGGCAACUACAUGAACAGCAGCAAGCGUGGAGCAGCCUAUGGCUUCCGACUCCAGAGUCUGGAUGCGCUGCUGGAGAUGAAGUCGACUGACCGCAAGCAGACGCUGCUGCACUACCUGGUGAAGGUCAUUGCUGAGAAGUACCCACAGCUCACAGGCUUCCACAGCGACCUGCACUUCCUGGACAAGGCGGGCUCAGUGUCCCUGGACAGCGUCCUAGGGGACGUGCGCUCCCUGCAGCGAGGCCUGGAGUUGACCCAGCGGGAGUUUGUGCGGCAGGACGACUGCACGGUGCUCAAGGAGUUCCUGAGGGCCAACUCGCCCACCAUGGAUAAGCUGCUGGCAGACAGCAAGACGGCUCAGGAGGCCUACGAGUCUGUGGUGGAGUACUUCGGAGAGAACCCCAAGACCACAUCCCCCUCCAUGUUCUUUUCCCUCUUUAGCCGCUUCAUCAAGGCUUACAAGAAAGCUGAGCAGGAGGUGGAACAGUGGAAGAAAGAAGCAGCUGCCCAGGAGGCUGGCGCCGACGUCCCGGGCAGAGGGGAGCUCCCAGCACCCAAGUCCCCAUCCAAGAUCCGGCGGCAACAGAUGGACCUCAUCUCUGAGCUGAAGCGGAAGCAGCAGAAGGAGCCACUCAUCUAUGAGAGUGACCGUGACGGGGCCAUUGAAGAUAUCAUCACAGUGCUCAAGACAGUGCCCUUCACGGCCCGCACCGGCAAGCGGACGUCCAGGCUCCUCUAUGAGGCCAGCCUGGGAGAGGAGAUCCCCCUCUAGCCCCCCAGGUACCCUGAUGGCCUGGCCUCUCAUCCGAGUGGCCGCCCACAGCCCUGGGGGUCCUUGGG